GGGGAAAACAGGAGGAAGAUCCUUUUUUUUUUCUUCUUAAAUAUCAUUUUAAUUUUCCCCCCUCAUUCAACAGUCAAGCUGCCCCUAAAGCUUCUCUUUCCUGGAAACUCUGCUUCACUGCCUCCUGGAAGUUCUAUGUAUUGAUCCAUUCACACUCUCACACACUGCAAGGCUUACCUCAUGGAUUUGUAUCUGAUUGGAUAUUUGAUGUGUGUGUGGUUGUCCAGCUCACGGGUGCUUGGAGGCUAUCCCAUCUGGUGGUCCCUGGCCCUGGGGCAGCAGUACUCAUCGCUGGGCUCUCAACCCAUCCUGUGCGGCUCUAUUCCCGGCUUGGUGCCCAAGCAGCUGCGCUUCUGUCGCAACUACAUUGAGAUUAUGCCCAGUGUGGCUGAAGGUGUCAAACUGGGGAUCCAGGAAUGCCAGCAUCAGUUUAGGGGCCGUCGAUGGAACUGCACCACCAUCAAGGACAACUUGGCCAUAUUUGGCCCUGUGCUAGAUAAAGCAACCAGAGAGUCAGCGUUCGUCCACGCCAUUGCUUCCGCAGGCGUUGCGUUCGCGGUGACGCGCUCCUGUGCCGAGGGCACGUCCACCAUGUGCGGCUGUGACUCCCACCACAAGGGGCCUCCUGGGGAGGGCUGGAAGUGGGGCGGCUGCAGCGAGGAUGCAGAGUUUGGGGUGCUGGUGUCCCGGGAGUUUGCAGAUGCCAGAGAAAACCGUCCAGAUGCUCGCUCAGCGAUGAAUCGACACAACAACGAGGCAGGGCGCACGACCAUUCUUGACCACAUGCACCUGCGCUGCAAAUGUCACGGCCUCUCGGGAAGCUGCGAGGUGAAGACAUGUUGGUGGGCGCAGCCAGACUUCCGCAUGCUGGGCGACUACCUGAAGGACAAGUACGACAGCGCCUCAGAGAUGGUGGUGGAGAAGCACCGCGAAUCCCGAGGCUGGGUGGAGACCCUGCGAGUAAAGUACGCCUUCUUCAAGCACCCCACCGAGCGUGACCUAGUGUACUAUGAGGGUUCGCCCAACUUUUGCGAACCCAACCCGGAAACUGGCUCCUUUGGGACCCGCGACCGCGUCUGCAACGUGUCGUCGCACGGCAUUGAGGGCUGCGACCUCCUGUGCUGUGGCCGUGGCCACAACACCCGGACUGAGAAACGCAAAGAGAAGUGCCACUGCAUCUUCCACUGGUGCUGCUACGUCAGCUGUCAGGAGUGCACGCGCGUCUACGAUGUACACACAUGCAAAUAAGACAAACUGACUGCUGGACCUUUAAAUCCUAACUUCCUGCACGACUUCCUUAUUCCUCAGACUUGCACACAAGCUGCACCCCACCCAAAUCAUUCACUCAUAAGCACAGGUCCAGAUGGGCCAUGGCACAUCAGAAAUGGAUUCUCCUACUACUUCAUUUGUACAAACCCUGCACUAAAAUCCGUCUUCCAAACCACUACCACCACCACAUGUGACCAGACUGACAGUCAGUCAACUCUCAUGGGAAGAUGCUAGAGAUGUGCCACUUUCCCUAAGCCCCACACCUCUCCCCACCCUCGUGUCUUUAUUUAUUUCCCCCCUCCAUGCCAACACAACAUUUGUGGCAUGUUUAGUAACACUUUUCACCUGUGAGAUUAAUGCAGUAAAACAGACUCUUUUGCUUUUAGAUUUAAAAAGCAGCUUUUAACUAACACCUCAUUUCUCCAGCCAAACAGGCUGGUUUUUCUUUAUUUUACAACUAAACCAACCUCUACUUCAUCACUUAAGUCUGAAAUGAUACUGAAGACAUUAUCAGCCCCCAGGAAACCAUCAUUUUGUAACUACUGAACUGAACUGAAAACAGCAGGCAUUGGAAGAGCCUUAGCCCUGCCUUUCUUAAACUACUGAGCUAAUCAAAUCCUCCCUGUUGCUCCUGACUCUGUUGCACCAGUCAACUGGGAAGCCUGGAAGAUAUAUGGUACAGUGUGAUUUUUAUAGCCCUGCAUUUCUGAAUUAUUACCACUGGGCUGGGACUGGAGGUAUGCAGGAGGGGGCAUGCUCAUUCCUCUAGCUAACAACCCUACACAUGUAUAUGUAUGCACUAUUCAGCUGAUUCCAGGUGGUAAAAAUUUUUUCAUUGCAAACUAUGAAUGACGGCUUUGUUACCCUUUUAUCCCUGCAUGAUCAACCUAUAAAUUUAAGUGUGAUACAACAGACAGUUUCAGCAAGUUCAGAUCGUACACGGCCCUUUCAUUUAUGAUUCAUACUUGAGCCAAGCUUUAGCAUGUUUAAUCUUAAUGCUGAUCUUCUGGGCAACGUAAUCCAUGUGUUCAUCAGGUUCAUCUUUAAGACUUGUGUCUAAAAAUAAAUCUUUUAAUUCUGUUUGGGAAAAAAAGGGAAAAGA